AUGAAAGGUGAUUUGCCUUUGUGUCCAGUAAGAUUGCUAUCUUUUCUUGAGAAAGUGAAUCCAUUAGCUUUAGCCGCUGAUCUAGCAGUAACUUUGAAGGAUUCUAAGGAUUCAACCUUAUCGUUCACUUUGGGCAUGAUAGGUGAUGUACCGCGUAAUCUGAAGAAUGUUCGAAUUUCUGUGAAUAUUCAGGUAACAGAAAGCUUGGGCAG